AUGGCACCGCCACCGCUGAAGCUGAACGACAACGCUAAGCGGAUUCUGAAUCACAAGUUCCAGGAUGAAAGCGGGAAAGAAUACGAAGGCACUGAGUUUGGCGGGUUUGGCGAGUAUAUCGCGAACAAAGUAGUCAAACUACAAAACCAAGCACAAGAAGCAGCACUCGGGUCUGACCAGAAAUCAGAUAUCUUUCGCGGGUGUAUAAUUUAUGUCACGGGAUAUACGAAGCCGUCGAUUUUUGAAUUGAAAAGGUUGAUUACGCUAAAUGGUGGGAUCCAUGCUCAGUAUCUGACUGGCAAGACGUCAGUGACGCAUAUCCUCGCCACUUCGCUGACCCCUAGAAAACGGAUUGAAUUUUCCAAAUUCAAAGUUGUACAACCACAGUGGAUUGUCGACAGUGUCAAACAACAGAAAUUGUUGCCAUGGUCAGACUACCGUACCAUCAAAGUCAAGUCGAGUCUCAUAGACGGACCUAAGAAGUUUGUUGACAAGCACAGCGGGGGUCAUACUGUUGAUAGCAGUGGCAGUGGUAGUGGUGUGGACAGCGUUAGUAGUGGUAAUGGUGGUAGCGAUGGUAGUGGCGGUAGUGGUGGUCGUGGAGGUAGUUGCGGUAGUGGGGGUAGUGGUGGCAGUGGCGGUAGUGGAGGUAACGGAGGAAGUGGUGAUGGUAAUAGUAGAAAAGACGUCAAGAUUGGCACAGAUAAAAGCAUCCUCGAGUCAGAUACAACCAGCGAAAGGAACUGGUCCAGUAGCAAUGAUCACACCAGCCGCAAAGACGACUACAGCCAUAAUAUUGAGACGACCACAAACGGUCGGAUCACCAGUAGCCGCAAAGAUACAGAGUCUGGCAUCCAAAAGCACACAAACACGGUGACUACAGGAGCAGGAGUCUCGUCAGGAAAGCCAGAGAAGCCGAAGUUAUUCCAGCCAGUAGGAUCCAGUGCAACAUUCCGACCGUCCGGAGCGAGCGUGGCAUUCCGAACAACGUCUCUUAGCUCAGAUGACGAUGAACUCCGUUUACUUCUCGAGCUACCACUAAAGAGAAAGGAACUAGAAACAGCACACGAUGAAACGAUUAGUGCGUCUAAACGGAUCAAGACAGAGGUCAACGUUACCGACGACAACCGACUGCCGAGUACUAGCAAAGACAAGGAGACCACGUCAAAAGGAUACACACUAGUAGACUCCGAAAGCUACCCUCAGACCACCGAAAGUGUUCUCGAAAACGACGUACAAGAAGCUGCAGAAAGCCCUGAGGCGGAGACAGGAGGAAAAGUAGACGACACUACUGCCAAGGAACCGGGCCAGCCACCAUCGCGGCACCCUCGCUAUGUCAACUGCUUGCACCCAGAGUUUAUCUCCUCUUACUACAAAAACUCAAGACUACACCACCUAUCAACAUGGAAAGCCGAGUUGAAAAGAAAGUUCCAGCGGCUGGCUAUAGAACAGAAUAAAAAAUCUCAAGAAGCUAGAUCCCCCAUUGAAGGGGACGGAGACAAAGUCAUUCUCCACGUGGACUACGACUCCUUUUUCGUUUCGGUAGCACUUCUCGACCGACUCGAUCUGGUAAACAAACCAGUAUGUGUCAGUAAUAGUUCUUUUGGCAAUUCAGAUGUUGCUAGCUGCAACUACGUAGCACGUAGAUACGGGGUUCGUAAUGGCAUGUGGGUAUCACAAGCGUUGAAGAAAUGCCCCGAGUUGAUUUCUCUGGAUUAUAAUUUUCCUGGAUACGAAGCAGCGUCAUCACACUUGUACCAAUCACUAGUUGAGAACAACCCCGACUUGUUGUUCCCAGUUUCCGUAGACGAAGCGCUUGUGGAUAUCACCAGCACCUGUAAACAACUGAUGAAGAUCAACGAGUGUGAUAUUUCAGCAGCAGUUGGGAUCCUGUCAAACCGACUUCGCAAUCGUAUCAGAGAGCUCACUGGUCUUGAGGCUAGUGUAGGAGCUGGUCCCAACGUUUUGCUCGCCAAACUAGCACUCCGAAAAGCAAAACCAGCAGGUCAGAAAUUCAUCUCUUCUGCUCAGGCAGUAGAGGCAAUUACAAACAUACUAAUUGCAGACUUACCAGGUAUGGGGUCUCAUAUAGCAGGAAAACUGGCUGCCAAGAUGAAUAUCCGUACCUGUGCUGAUGUCCGCAAGUGUAAAAAAUCUGAUUUGGAAACGCUGUUAGGAACAAAGACAGCAGCAAAGCUUUAUGACUAUGCAUUUGGAUUGGAUGAUACAGACAUUUCCAACAUCGCCGGGCCAAAGUCCAUCGGAGUAGAGAUUGCAUGGGCCGUGCGAGUAAACAACGAAGACGAAGCAGACCUGUUUCUGUCAAACCUGACUAAAGAGCUCUGUCAACGAAUGGACAAAGCCAUGGUCAAAGCAAAGUAUCUCACGCUAAAAAUCUACCAGCGAGCAGAUGGUGCUCCAAGGGAGCCUCCCAAAUAUAUGGGUUGCGGUGUAUGUGACGCAUACUCUAAAUCAACUAUACUGGAUGAGAUUACAAGAGACCAUGACAUAAUAUUUGGUGAACUACGGAAGAUGAUCCGUGCUUUUGGAUGUCCGUGGAUCGAUCUACGUGGAGUGGGGAUCCAAAUGAAACUUGACGACGAGGAAAACCCCGAUAAAAAGGACGCUACGAAAGCUCAACAGACAAUCUCUCAAGCCAUAAAGCGUGCUGAAACAGCACCAGCAGUCACUAAACAUCAAGACCCAAACGCGGUUUCUCUACCCUCUUCUACCACUAGCAACAUUCCAGCCAACGGACCUCAGUCGCCUGUUCCACCUUCUGUUAAACGCGAGUCGUCCACUACCCCAUCACCCGUCAAAGUAUCACCAUCAAAGCAAAAAAAGAAAAUGAUUCCUGUGAUGCCAAAACCACGAAAGGGGCUGACCACCUUCACCCAAAUGACGACGAAAAUCAAUAUGGACACCCUUAACGAACUACCAACACAGAUUCGAGACGAAGUCAUAGAACACCACAAUCUAGCCACGAAACACCGGCGACCAAAACCACAGCAAAGUACACCUCAACCGUCAGCCGUCAGUCUCCCACAUUACGAACCUGUAUCAUUUGCCGGACUGACAUCACAACAAGAAGUCCGCGACCGUAUCACCACCUGGAUAGACACCUGCCUCGAAACAGGACCCCAUUACGACGACGUCUGUCUCUUCGAAACAUAUCUGCUCGACGUCAUAACCCGCGACUCCAACUGGAACAAAGUACCCCAGCUUCUCAACUGGAUGACCAGCUACAUCAACUCCAAACCAGGACCCUCCGAAUGGACAGUUCUCAUAAAUAUUUAUUCCCGCGUUGCUCGCGACGCCCUCCUACAACACCGAGGCAUUCGACUCUCCCACUGA